AUGGCUUCUGUUUAUAUCAAUGAUGACAAGUGCGACUGGCCAAUUCACGUGUCGCGCUCCCUUCACACAGUCUCGUCUCGCCUGACACUCCGUGCAUGUCACCCAUACACCACAGCAUUCCCAGAGUUUCAUCCUCCGAAUGCUCGUACUUGUGGUCUUCACGCUCUCCUCGCGCCCCAACUCCUCGGCAAUGUUAUCUUCGCCAUCGUUGCGAUCCUGAUGGGGGUCGUGUGCACCCAGAUGAUCCACGCUGUUUGUGUUACAGGCUAUUUUACUUCGUUCCCACUGCACUCGUUCUGGCACCUCUGCUCUUCUACGAGCGCGAGCUUCACAGUGUGGAUCCUGGACGAAGGCCUCCUGAUGGUUGAUGCAAAGCGUCAUGCGAGCUCUGCCGACGAAGGUUCCAGGGCUGCGCUUACCAGGCCGAUUGCACCACCCAGUGAUAAGCGGCACUAG